AGCAGUUUUUGAAAUACUCAGACCAGCACCCGUUCCACGUUACGUUCCAAGUCACUUAAAUCCCCUUUCUUCCUCAAUCUGAUGCUCGGUUUGAACUUCAGCAGGUCGUCUUCACCACAUCUAGAUGUCUAAAUGCAAUGAUUUGCUGCCAUGUGUUUGGCUGGUUAGUAAUUUGUAUUAGCAAGCAAUUGAACAGGUGCAACUAAUAAAGUGGCCGGAGAGUGUUACAUAGGUUAAAUGCAAUGCAAUUAUUUUUAAAAAUCCUUAUCUAGUAAUGACAGCAAUAACUGGAGUACAUUGGUAAAACCUGUAGAAUUCCUGUUGAUCUGCAGAAUCGAAAAGCUUCCAAGAUCAAUCCACAGAUCUCCUCCUUUCUUGGAACUUUGCCUUUUAUGCAAAUGAAGCCCAAAGCAUCAUCCUUAAAUGUGUCAUACCAGGAAGCGAGUGUUCUGCAAAGAGAGAGAGAGAGAGAGAGAAAUUGAUCCGGAGCUGCUCAGAUUAAACACUUCCCAUGUGGGAAGCAGAGUGUGUGGUUGGGAGCAUGGCAACCUCGAUGACCUCUAGAGGUCAAACGCUCCAUCACUGAAGGGACGCAGCAUCCCACCUCUCUCUCUCCCUCCGCCGGGUUGAGACAACCUUUCAAUGUCAUUGCUACAGGCUGCUGUUCUGGAGGUGCGCUUCACUUCUGCAUUGGCUGGCUUCGGUCACACGUCAGCGCCAGGGAAAACAAGAUAAUUACAGGCCAAAUCUGAUCCGGUGAAUGACAUGGACCGGAAUGAGCUCUCGCCCGGCUCGGAUGUUGUCACGAUGAAGAAAGCGGCCCAAAAGAGCGCGCCCGCGUACCACUGCACCGGGAACAGCACCACCAAGAGUUGCCUGGAGUCCAACUCGGAUGCCGCCGGUUCGAACCUGAAACCCAAUCACGUCGCCACGGAGGAGACGGACGGCACGGAGAAGGAAUCCAAGUUUCAGCAUCCGCGGUUGAGGAGAGCAGGAGGAGGGAGUAGCGUCCAGAUUAAGAGCUGCACACCGGGAGGAGGAGGAGGAGGAGGAGGGGGAGGCGCGUCCAGGAGCUCCACUUCCACUGAUGCGCGCCCGGGUGAUGCUGAUGCUGCUGAUGCUGCUGCUUCUGGGGGUCGCCACGACACUGUUAAGGGCGGAGGAGGAGGCAAAGCGUCUACUGUAGUGGCCACAGUGACGGUAGAGGCUUGUAAUGCUGCCGAGGGUGACGGCAAACCUUCAGCACCGCUUCCCAGCAUGAAAUGCAACAAGAACGGGGGGUGCAGGCGGGUCUCCGGCACCGGGAGCCUCCGGUCCAUCAUGUCCAAGCCCGACGGGAGCAAGCGGGCAGCGUGCAAUUCAAUGACCAGCAUGGACGCGACCAGCACGCAGGGGCAAGACGCCUCGAACCCCGGGAUCCCGGAGAAGAAGGAUUCCAAAGUGUCCUUUUCCAACGCCUCCAGUAGGAAAGCCUCGUCCUCCAUCCUCGGCGCGCAGCAGCAGCCCCGGAACUCGGUGACCUUCCUCAAAUCUGAGGAUGGAGCUCAGGAGGACGGCGAGACCGGGGGCAGCCAAGCGAGCUUCAUGCAGCGGCAGUUCAGCAGCAUGUUGCAGCCCGGGGUCAAUAAAUUCUCCCUGCGCAUGUACGGGAGCCAGAAGGAGGUGGAGAAGGAGCAGGAGCGCGUGAAAUCGGCGGGCAACUGGAUCAUUCACCCCUACAGCGACUUCAGGUUCUACUGGGAUUUCACCAUGCUUCUCUUCAUGGUGGGCAACCUGAUCAUUAUUCCCGUCGGCAUCACCUUCUUCAAAGACGAGACGACCACGCCGUGGAUCCUCUUCAACGUGGUCUCUGACACCUUCUUCCUCAUGGACCUGGUGCUCAACUUCCGCACAGGCAUCAUUAUAGAGGACAAUUCCAACAUCAUCCUGGACCCCAAGUCCAUCAAGAAGAUGUACCUGAAGACCUGGUUUAUUGUGGACUUUGUCUCUUCCAUUCCGGUGGAUUAUAUCUUCCUGAUCGUGGAGCAGGGCAUAGACUCGGAGGUGUAUAAAACGGCUCGAGCGCUGAGGAUUGUGCGUUUCACUAAAAUCCUGAGCUUGCUGAGAUUGCUGCGUCUCUCUCGUCUUAUCCGCUACAUUCAUCAGUGGGAAGAGAUCUUCCACAUGACGUAUGACCUGGCGAGCGCAGUGAUGCGGAUUAUUAACCUGAUAGCGAUGAUGCUGUUGCUGUGUCACUGGGACGGGUGUCUGCAGUUUCUGGUGCCCAUGCUGCAGGACUUCCCCUCCGACUGCUGGGUCUCCCUCAACAAGAUGGUGAACGACACGUGGAGUGAGCUGUACUCGUUCGCCGUGUUUAAAGCCAUGAGUCACAUGUUGUGCAUAGGUUACGGACGUCAAGCUCCGGAGAGUCUCUCUGAUAUCUGGUUGACGAUGCUCAGCAUGAUCGUGGGUGCCACCUGCUACGCCGUCUUCAUCGGACACGCCACGGCCCUCAUCCAAUCACUGGACUCCUCACGACGCCAGUACCAGGAGAAGUACAAACAAGUGGAGCAGUACAUGUCCUUCCACAAACUUCCAGCAGAUUUCCGACAGAAAAUCCACGAUUACUAUGAGCACCGUUACCAGGGCAAGAUGUUUGAUGAAGAAAGCAUCCUAGAGGAGCUGAACGAGCCGCUCAGAGAGGAAAUCGUGAACUUCAACUGCCGGAAGCUGGUGGCCUCCAUGCCCCUGUUCGCCAACGCCGAACCCAACUUUGUGACCGCCAUGCUGACGAAGCUCCGUUUCGAGGUCUUCCAGCCAGGUGAUUAUAUCGUCCGUGAGGGAACCAUCGGCAAGAAGAUGUACUUCAUCCAGCACGGCGUGGUGAACGUGAUCACCAAAGGAACAGUUGGCAUGAAACUUUCCGACGGCUCCUACUUCGGAGAGAUCUGUCUGCUGACGCGAGGCCGUCGUACGGCGAGUGUGCGAGCGGAGACCUACUGUCGUCUGUAUUCACUCUCCGUGGACAAUUUUAAUGAGGUUUUGGAGGAGUAUCCCAUGAUGAGGAGGGCCUUUGAGACCGUGGCCAUUGACCGACUGGACCGCUUGGGAAAAAAGAAUUCCAUCCUAAUGAACAAAGUGCAGCACGACAUAAACUCCGGCAUCUUAAACAACCAUGAGAACGAGAUGAUCCAAGAGAUCGUGAAGUACGAUCGUGAGAUGGUGAAGCUGAUUGACCUGCAGCGCCCACGCGCCAUGUCCAUGACGGCCUCCAUCCCCGGCGGGUUCUUUGCUCCGCCGGGCCAGUCUCAGGGCGGCAGCUCUGCCAUCGCUUCUCUACAGCAGGCAGUGGCGAUGAGCUUCUGUCCCCAGUUUGGUCCGAUGGUGGGUCCCAGCACCAUGCAGUCACCCAGGAUGGUCCGACGUUUCCAGGUAGUGCAAAACAUUGCUAGCCCGGUGACGGUUUCUCCACAACAGUCGCAUUCGGCACUUGCUGCACUCGCCGGUGGCACUAUGGCCAGUCUGUCGGUUCAAAGCCCGCUAGCGGCAGCGGGUGGCCGAACUUUCCAGUACGGGAGCGUACCAAUGGGCACAUGCUCCGGAUCUCAACUGUCCCUCAUCCAGCAACAGCACCUCCCCAGUCCCACACGGCCCAAAGGAACCCAACCAUUGCAACAAACAGGGAGCCUGACACAGGAUGCCAGAACCCUGUCAGCUUCCCAACCCUCCCUGCCACAAGAUGGCGCACCACCUGUCGCACCCAGCCCACCACCGUCGACCCGUGUCUCCUCAAUGUCGAUCGGCCCAACUCAAGCACCCCAUCCUGCCAUCCCGGGGCCUUCCGGGGUUCGAAGUGCAGUGCUUCAGAGAAUGGCGCUCCCCCACCAAGCCUCAGCGGCCACAGUUGGGAGUUACCCAUCCACGCCGCCCCCUACAGGAACUCCACCCACAGUAGUGGGACCGGACUCGGCUAUACGCAAGAAAGAUUCCAUAGUCAGCCUUCCCGAGAAUGAAUUCCCAGCCAGAUCCCGGCUAUCGUCCAACCUCUGACAAGAACUCUGAGACUCUUUGCGAUACUUUUUGUGAGUCACAAUUCGUUCUUUUUGCUCGGGUCCUGUGCUUGUAGUCUGGCUUUUCAUAGGAAACAAAGGGAGGGUGUUCAGACAGACUUAAGGUGUGGUCACAUUUACUGAAAUAUUGGCUGACGAAAAUCAUUCCAGUGGGAAUCCUCGCAAACGUGGGUUUCACGUUGGCAAAUAUCGCUAAUGUGACCUCACCUUUAACGCUAAUAGAUUUAACGUCUCUGUUACGAAUUGAUUGACGAGGUUGGAUGCCUCGCUAGUGUAGCUAGUGCCGCCCCUGUACAGCUUCUAAUGCCUCUUAAUAUAUUUGUCUUUAUUGUCUCGAGUGAAAGGGAGAAAUCCUGUCAUGUGUUACGUGGUGUUUUCCGUAGAGUUCAUACAAUGCAAUCGGGCGAUUAGAAAAUCAGGGGCUUGCAAGAGAUGACAAUGAUCUGACACUUUGCCAAAGUGUUUUGGAACGACUUCAUUCUUUAUGUAUAAGCUCUACUCGUAGCAAUCUAAUUAUCUGUAUUUUAUUUUGUUGUAAAAUAUAGCAAAAAAAAAUAUAUAUAUAAUGGACCGCUGGUCGAUCUUGCAUCUUAAUGUAAAUAGGGAGGUAAAAAAAGGGAAAAAAUAAGUUCUGAUAGAAAACACACAAAUUGUAUUUACUCGAAAACCAAAGUUGAGCUUGAACACAAGUUUUGAUUGUGUCUGUGUCAACUGAGAAAAGCAAGUCUAACGAAAUCCUCUAUUUAACUGCCUUGAUUCAGAGUUAAGAAGCCAUAUACAUGGUCUGUGUGUGUGCGUGUGUAUUUGUGCACAUAUGCUUAUUAUUCUUUUAAAUUAUACAACUUUUUUAAAUGAACAGGAGUGUAAUGCUUGCAUUUUUAUGUCAUUUCGUUAGGCGUGUUGGCAAUACUUCACUGCAUUGGGGUUGCACACUGAGAGUCGAGACUUAAAUGCAAUGGGUCGUUUAAAUUAGCAGGCAAACCAAAAUAAUCAUGCUGUUUUUUUGUGCUCCAUGUUGAUCUGCACAUACAAUAUAAUUCUGCAAUAUUCUCACCCUGCCUUUUAUUCGAAAGCUUCAUACCGCACCGUAAGCAAUUUAAUCAGCGUUUUUCAGAGAAUCUUCAAAACCUCGUCUUUUAAGGCACCGGAUAAUGUUGCACUGCUUUCCCAAUAUUUUACUAAAUUAGUCGUAGUUUUCUAAAGUUAUUUGUAAUUUAUAUCAAUUUAUGUUUGGUGGUCUACGGCAGUGCGUACAAGUUUUGUAAUGUGUUAUGGCUCUUUGUGUUGAUUAUUUUUUAUUACCUCAGUCAUAAUAAAUUGUACACAGGCAAAAAUCACAAUUUUGCAAAGGUCAAAGGUCAGAAAGGUUAGCUGUUCCCAUGUAGGACUUAAAAUGUUUAAU